AAACAUAUGUUAACAAAACAACGUCAAAUGUGUCAUCAAAUGGAAAAUAUUACUGAAAUAUUUAAUUUUCUUUAAUUUUACUGCAGAAAUUAUUUAUGGAUACACCAUCGCUAGUAAUGUCCAAGGAUAUCAAUAAUUAUUUUGAGGGUCUUUUGAAAAAGAUUAAUGGUCUGUAUAUUAUACAAAUCACCGACCGCGAUGGUGCUCCCGUGAUGCGCGUAAGCCAGGAUAAAAAUGUUGACUUUACCCUGACGUCCUCCUUCAUAUCGACAUUUACAACGGCAAGUGAUCAAGCGGGGAAAUUGGGUCUUGGACGCAACAAAACCAUUAUAUCCAUGUACUCCAAUUACCAGGUUGUUCAAAUGAAUAAGUUGCCAUUAAUUUUGACUUUCGUUGGCUCAGAAAACUGCAAUACCGGAUUAAUUUUAGCACUUGAACAACAACUAGAUGGAUAUCUAGAGGAUAUGAGACUAGCUGUUAGCGAAUCUUAGUGUUAAACUCAUCCCUUAUUAAACAUAAGUCUAAAAAAUAAGAAAUUUUGAUGUGAAUCUUUAUAAUUUUCCUAGUAAGACAGAAAAAUAUUUUUUUUCCAUUUAUUAAAAAAUCAUUAUAAAUACAUUGAAAAGGAAUGAUAACUUUGAAAAUAAUUUUCAGAAUCUACUUUAAGUAUAUUUAUAAAAAAAUCAAUUUCAGAUCCAAAACAAAAACACGGACAAAAGUCAAAUAUAAUAGAGUUACUAAAUUGGCUAGUCGCUCAAUGUAAACUUAUAUAAUAAAACUUUAAAAAACGUU